UGCAAUUCAUUGUACGUCUACUGUUAGCACGAACAAGAUGGCAAAGUAUUGCGCAUUAGUGUUGCUGGCGACGGUUCUGGCUGUGGCAUCGGGUGAGAUCCGAUCGGCGCAGGAUGUUGACUGGAGCCAGGUUCGUCGUUUCUACGAUCCAAAGGCGGACGUACCGGUUCGUCGCAUCAACAACGGUCAGAUCGCAAGUCCUACCGAUGUACCGUGGGCGGUCGGAUUGCUUGUGUCGCUUACGUCCGGAACGAGUUUCUGCGGCGGUGCAUUGAUUUCUCCGACCCACGUCUUGACGGCAGCAUCCUGUGUGAAUGGCCAGUCAUCCAUUACGGCGAUGUUGGGUGCAAGCACCAUUGCUAUGACGUCGGACUUUGUGCCUGUGUCUCAUAUACGAGUGCAUCCCGAUUACAGCUCGUUCCUGGAUCGGGACGAUAUCGCCAUCCUGACGUUGGCCCGUCAACCACGCUGGAAUGACCAAAUCCAAAUUAUAAACCUACCGCGUCGCAUGUACAUUGGCCACUCGUUCAACAACUACAUCACGACGAUCUCGGGGUGGGGUGAAACUGGUACGAACACGGGCGAACCACUGCCGAUGCCGAAUCUUCGCUUCAUUCGCAGCCCUGUCAUCACCAACCUGAGCUGCGAGUUGUCCUUCCUGCUGAAUAACAUCCGCAGUACGCACAUCUGUUCCGCGACCGAUGGCGGAGCACCGUGCGUUGGUGAUCAGGGUGCACCGGUGACGGUCACAGAGAACGGCGAAACUUUCCUGAUCGGUAUACACGUGUUUACUGCAUCGCGCUGUGAACGUGGCCGUCCGGCCGUGCACGUACGUCUCACGGAGUACAUGAACUGGCUCGAGCUGAACACUGACGCUCUGAUCCGACCGUAAAUCGGCAGGUCUGCUGACCAUCGAACGCAAGCGCUCUUUCAGAAGCAAUAAAAUCCUCUUUAUCGUCAUCAAACUUGUGUCUGAUCAUC